AUGAUGGGGUGGCGUCGGGGCAAGGUGUAUGUGGCGGCUGCCACCGACGACGACGGCGCGCCGCCGCCGCCGUCCUCCCCGCGCAACGACAAACGACUCGGUGGCCUCUCGAACCGUGUAUCUGUCGCCGUCGGGCUCGUGUACGUGGUGCUGUCAAUGGCAUGCAACGUCGGGUACCUCGUGCUCCUGGCCCCGCAUGCGUCCAACGAUCAUUGGUGGCGGCGCUUCAACGUGUCUGGCACUCAAACGUUCGUCGCCGACGUUUUCAACGCGCAGCUGCACGUGGGCCACGCCACGGGGCCCGUCGAUCUGCUGUCGCUGACGUCGACCAAGGCGUACGACAUGGCGACGACGUUUGUGGACGUGCGGCGGUCGACGGCGCGCCAGUACCUCAUGAGCCCGAUCGCGUUUUCAGCAGCGAUCGACACGAUUCGUCGCAACGGCGUCGCCGAGAACCUACGCGUGCCAACGCAAUAUUGCUGGGCCGAUCUUGGCCGCCGGUUUGAGAUGGCGCACACGGCGGGACGCCAGCGCCGAUGCGCCGCGUCGGACAAAUGGACGAAUGCUGCGCUCGUGCUCGCGUCCGUGCUGCGAAACAUUGACGUGCGGGUGCUGCUUGCAUCGGAAUACGCCGCGAUGCUCGACCACACAGUGCUGCAUGGCAUCGCGGGGCUGUCGACUGCCGGCCAAGAAUGGGUCGACUCGAUCGUGUGGGCGAGAAAUGCGUCCGUGGGGGGCUUCGUCGAGGCGACGGUGGAGGCCGAAGCCGCGGCGUGGCGAGCGGCCGGGUUUACGCGCUGGUCGCUGCAGCUGCAAAACCUCGUUGUCGCUGGCUUUGACGAGAGCAUCGACGUUGUGAAUGCGCUCGGGAUGCGCCAGCCAUUUCAGAUAUACCACGAAGCCACGUACAGCCACACGAUUGCGGGAUGGACGACGAGCCUGGCCAACCCGGGAUUUUGGAACGACCUGGGCACGUGCGAAUCGCUCAAGUGCAGCCUCGUUCGCGGGACGCCCAACAGCAUCGACGCCAUGGCGAUCGAUUGGGAUGUCGAGUCGAAUGGGCCGCUGCCCGAUGGGACGGAGAGUGGCGGCAGCGGCAUCGGUGUCGUCCUCAUGCAUGCGCACAUGGGGCCGUAUUCAUCGGUGGACAUGGAGCUCGUGGCGAUUCCACCGUCGCUGGCCGCGUAUUUCGACGCGUUUCGGCGCGAUUUGUUUGCAGCGCUCGGGCAAGACGACCGCGUCGCCACCGCGUUCAGCGCGCAAGUGGAUCGAGCUGUCGUUGACGCUGCGCCGUGGAGCCGUCGUGAGUACUGGUUCUACGGAGGCAACCCGAUGUGCCCGAAAGGCACGCGGCAGCCAUUCGUCCAGCCAUCGUUUGGUUUCAGCGACGACUGUAGCAAACAAAUCGCCGAUGGGGUCGCGCUCGAGCGCAUGGCCGUUUUGUUUGCGCUGGCGACAACCGCCGCGUCUUCGUCACGGCUGCAGGACGACCCGCAGCGCGGUGCGCGACUCUGUGCGCUGGCAGCGACCACGGCUCCGCUGUGCGAACAUGCGCUGGCAUUAGCAAGUCGAACGCACGACCUGUUGACGCCGCACUGGACAAGCCAAACCAUCGCGAUGAAGGACACCGCCGUGGUAGACACGAUGGAGCUCCAGAUCAGUACGCUCCAGUUCGCCACUGCCCGGAAUGACACGGUGGCACGUGUGCCGGAGCUCCUCGUCCAGCUCGUCGCUGGAGACGGCGGCAGCGAGCCCGACGCGUCGUCGUUGUGGCCGUUCUUUGGCUGGAUCACGCUGUACGAAUGGCUGGAUGGCCGACGUGAAGUGUUUGACUUUCAAGGCGACGUCGGCAGGUUCAAGCUCAUGUCAGCGCCUCUCCCGUUCCAGUCGAUGGUGGCCAACCCGGCCCAGCUGCCCCACUCUGCGUGCAAAUACGUGCAUUACAUCAGCAUUUACGUGUCGAUGGUGCUGGUGGGCGUCGCCAUCGUCGCGUCGAUGGCUGGCCUUGCUUCGCUGUGCUCGACGGCGCGGUCGCCGGGCCACUUGAGCCAUUGGAUCUUCUUCAAUCGGGUCGUGGGCAGCGUGUGGGUCGGUCGCCCCAUGCUGUGCAUCCGAGGCAUGACUGCAGUCAUGGUGCUCGCCACGGCGCCGAUCGACCUCGUGAAAUCGCACGGGUACACCCAACUCAUGUCUGCGCCACGAUCGGUGGGCCACGUCGCGGUCGUAGCGGGCGAAGCCACGUGGUUAUCGUACGUCUUGAGUGAUAUCUUCUUGCCGACCAUGCACUCGGACGUGGCGCGCGUCGUAGCUCCCUUGAGCGCGCUCGCGGCUUGGACGGCGUCGGUCCUGUUGGAAGUGGCCGAUCCGUGGCAGGUCCGCGCGACCCUCGGCCGUGCUUCGUGCCACAUCCAGUCAUUUCGACACGGAGUGUCUUGCGCUAGUGGCGAAAUCCAAGUGGGGAGUGUUCAUCGCGUGCUUGAACUGGUUUUGGUCCAAGUCGGGAGCACGAUCGGCGCGACGUGUGUGGCGUACGUCGGGGGAAAGGUGCAUCAUCGCGUGCGCCAGGGCGACGCAAUCAACGACAAGCACGUGCUCGUCCCUGGCGCGUCGGCAGCGUUCUUGCACGGGUCCGUCGAUGCAGCGGACGUGGUCGGGUGCAUCCUGUCUGGCAUUCUCCCGACGACCACGGCGUUUUUUGACGUGAAAUUGUGGAUGCCGAUCGCCCACUCGACAGCAUUCCACAGCACGUGUCCAUUUCGAUGGCCGACGGCGGCACCACCACCUUCUUCUUCAUCCUCGGCUGGCCGUGCUGCGCAUCGACGAUGGCGGUCGAUGGCGUCGCCCGCGUUGGGACUCGCGUACAUGAUGGCGUCGGUCGUGUCGAGCUAUUCGUUCUUGGACGUGACCAAGUCAACGAUGGCAAAUGAUUUGUGGUGGGUUGGCUUUGACACUCCCGGAACGCACGCGUACUUGGCGAAUUGGUUCAAUCAGUACUUGCAAGUCACCGACUACGUCCCGACCCGCAUCCACUUGCCCGACCCCAAGUUUGCCGCGAUCGCCGCGCCCAACAACGCCACGCAAACCAGGAUCGUGGCGUCGCCCAUGUACUCGAGCGCACCGCAUCGCGGGCUGUCGACGCUGGAAAACGUCGUCGCCGGCCUUCGCCGGACACCCGGAUGCAUGCUGCCAUGGGUGUUUACGCCGUACUGUUACGUCGACUUUGGCAAGCGGUGGGAGCUGGCGCACUCGGCGGCGCGACAACUGCGCUGUGCCAACAUGACAGACAACGGCGCAGUGUUUUUGGAGGCCGUGCUGCGAAAUGCCGACUGGGACGGCUUGAUGGCGUGCUGGGGGCAUUCGUUGAACGUCGCUGUGUUCGCGGACGUGCAGCUCACGUCCGACGGCCAGCAGUGGCUGACGGGGGUCCGAGCGAACGCUCUGACUGUCGCCGAGGAAGUCGACGUCUGGUCGCGGCUUGGCAUUGUGGCAUUCUCGACGCAGUGGCAAAACUUCAAGCGGCUGGGCAUCGACGAGUCGUUUUCGAUUCAAAAUGCGUUUGGUGUGUCGUACGCGAUGGCGCUGAAAAAGUCCAACGGGACGUUGCAAUUCGCGAGCCAAACGUCGUUUCAGCUGUACUGGUCGUUUGCCAGUGAUUUAUGGGCCGUGGCAGCCAACUCGACGCGCAUGGGCGGCCGCAGCCUCGUCCGCACCAGUCGCGACUAUGCGUGGUACAAUGUGUCUCUCGAAGACAUUUUGUUGGACAACGGGACGGUCGAUGCGCCGCUGACGCGGUCGCGGUCGCUCGUGCGCGCCGCGCUGGGGCCGUUUGGAACAAUCGACGCCAAGCGCAUCCCAUGCCCCGAGUCUCUGCGCGCCGCGCAUCAGGUCGGCACCGAGAUGCUAGCGAGAACGUUGAGUGCGUCGGCCACUGCCCAAGACGAUUUUUGGGGCAUUUAUCACACAUUCAACUACUCGCCGAUGCCGCAAGCAUGGAGCGAAGGAGCGUAUGGCGGGUCGCUCCUCUGCGACAUCAAUAGCGCGGCAUCCAAGCAGCCGUGUGAGUUUUUCACGUACAAGGGCGGGUGCAGCAUGUUUGGCGCAGAAUCCACGUUGGGCUCGACUGUGCAGGCCGUCAAGUCGCUCUUGGCCGUGGGUGCUCACGAAAUAGCACGAGGGUGGGUCGAAUCGACGUGCGAGCGCGAGCUGUCGGAGCGCGAGAGCUGCGUCACCCAGCUCACGGACGCGAUUGCGUUUUUGGCCAAGCAUGUUUCGUUGGACGACAUGCAAACCAUGUCGUCGCUCGGGAGCGACGCCAAGGCCGUCGUUCGCGACGAAUUGCAAGUGGACUAUGUCCAGUUUGUGAGCUUGCCGGGUGCUUCCGCCGCCGGCAUGACGUUGGCGCGGGAAAACUUUUUCCACAGCCGCGACAUGGAGUUCUUUUCGUGGCUGUUGUUGUGGGAGUGGGUCGACGGGAAGCGAGAAGUUACGUUAUUCCACGGCGACGCGGGUCGAAUUUGCGCCAUGUCAACGUCGGAUGACCUGGCGAUGUCCCCCACGAGCGCCAUGGAUAUCCCGCUCAACGUCGCUAACUACCUCCGCGCGAUGGUUCAGUACACGUCGUUGGUGCUGUGCGCGGUCGCGGUCGUUGUGAGUUUGUACAUUGUCGCAAACCGCGGUCGCGUUGAAGGCAUCAACAUGCUCUCGUUCAAUCGUGUGUGUGGGCUCGUCUGGAUCGGCCGCCCGUUGUUGUUUAUCCGAGGCAUCACCGCGCUGUGCGUCCUGUCGACGGCAUCGCUCGAGCUCACGCGGCCGCACUCGGGUUUGGUCACGUUUUUCCAGUCCAAGAAACCGGACUGGGUCGCGACCGUGCUCUCGUCCGGGGAAAUGACGUGGCUCGUGUACGUUGUGAAUGACGUGGCGUCGGCAUAUACGCAGCAAUUCACGGGCAAGUCGGCCAUGUCGAGCACGAUCGUCGCGGGGCUCGUGGCAUUGGUGUGGAGCGCCGUCGUGGGUGUCGAGCCUUUCGUGGACCUCCGGCGGCAAUGCCAGUGGGUGCACGUGGAUUUUCAGCUCACGUGUACAAGCGGGUCGGUCCACAUUGGUCGGUUCGAUCGGUUUGGAGGUCUCUUGAGCUUGAUCGUUGCGGCGUGCGUUGUGUGCUACGGCUUCGUGCGGCAGUCCAACCCGACGUUGCAACCGACGUCGACGUCGCUCUUGCUGCACCUGUCAGCAAAAUACCAUUUUCGCCGACGUCCGUGGGAAUUUGGAGGCAUUUACCACUUGGACCGAGCGUCCGCAGCGAUGAAUGGCCUCGUGUCCGUCGAUUGGGUCCAUGCGACGUUCGUGUUGGACGUGAAAGUGUGGAGAACGUACAUGGUAUCGAAAAAAGAGACGACGCCGCCGCCGAUUGCGCCGAGUGAUCCUAGUUGGCGUCGACUGCACACGGCGCUGCCCUUGGUGCAGGAACACUCGAUCUUUGACACACCGUAA